AUGGGAGUUGCAGUACGCCUGGCAUUCAUGGCCUGGGCUCUGCUGGGCUGGUCUCAGGCAGCCAAGAGUGCACCCUCACUGAGUGUGGCGGUGAUCUUGGGUGAGACUCGUGGUGUCUCUGAGCAGGCAUUACGCCCAGCACCAGGUAUCGGAGCACCACUGGACAUCAGUGUGCUUGCUGUGCAGGUGAACCACACGGACCCAGGCAGCAUGCUCACCCACCUGUGCCAGCUUAUGGGACGCCAGCGAUUGCAUGGCCUUGUGUACGGCGACGGAACCGACCAGGAAGCUAUCGCCCAGAUGCUGGACUUUGUCUCUUCCCAGACUGCCAUGCCUAUCCUGGGUGUCCAUGGAGGUGCAGCCAUGACCAUGGCUGAGAAGGAUGCCAGCUCAUCUUUUUUCCAGUUCAGCGCUUCACUCCAUCAAGAAGCCCUGCUCAUGCUGGCUGUCAUGGAGGAAUAUGACUGGCACGUGUUCUCCGUGGUAACGACCAGGUUCCCCGGCCACCAGGAGUUUGUAACGACAAUCCGCGUGACUGUGGAGCACAGUUUCGUCCGCUGGGACCUGCAGAGCGUGGUGACGCUAGACGGCGUUGGUGAGCCUGAGGACAGAGCACAUGUGCAGCUCAAGCGUAUCCAGUCGCCUGUCAUUCUGCUCUACUGCUCCAAGGACGAGGCCGAGCUGGUGAUGGUCGAGGCCCGAUCACUCGGGUUGGUGGGCGCUGGCUUCGUGUGGAUCGUUCCCAGUCUUACAUCUGGCAACCCAGAGCGUACACCUGAAACCUUUCCCCCAGGAAUGAUUUCCAUAGCGUAUGACGAGUGGGACUAUCCACUGGAAACCCGUGUGAGGGACGCGGUGGGGAUUUUCAGUCACGCUGCAGCCACCAUGUUUCGAGAGCAAGGCCGCAUACCAGAUGGAACGGUCAGCUGCUCAGGUCAAGCAGAGAAGUCAGACGUUCCUCCAAGUGCAUUACGCAGGUAUAUGAUGGGUGUAAAUCUGGAGGGCAGAGAUCUGUCAUUCAUGGACGAUGGUUAUCAGGUGAACCCGAAGCUGGUGGUUAUUGUCCUCAACACAGAGAGAGAAUGGGAGAAGAUGGGCCGCUGGGAGAACCAUUCACUGAUAUUGAAAUUUCCCGUGUGGCCUCGGUACAACUCCUUUGGAGACGCAGAAGCAGAUGAAAAUCACCUGAGCAUCGUGACGUUAGAGGAGAAGCCGUUUGUUAUCGUGGACGACGUGGACAUUCUGACGGGGACAUGCAAUCGUAACUCUGUCCCCUGCAGGAAACACAUCAAAGAUAACACUACAGGUGGAUCGUAUCUAAAGCAGUGCUGUAAGGGCUUUUGUAUUGAUAUCCUAAAGAAGAUCGCCAGGAACGUAAAGUUCACAUACGACCUUUACCUGGUGACUAAUGGCAAACACGGCAAGAAAAUCAACAACGUGUGGAACGGCAUGGUGGGCGAGGUGGUUUAUAAGAAGGCAGUGAUGGCUGUUGGUUCACUGACCAUAAAUGAGGAGAGGUCAGAGGUCAUUGACUUCUCCGUACCGUUCGUGGAGACGGGGAUCAGUGUCAUGGUUUCCCGCAGUAACGGAACCGUAUCGCCCUCGGCCUUCCUGGAGCCAUUCAGUGCGUCGGUGUGGGUGAUGAUGUUCGUCAUGUUACUCAUCGUCACCGCAAUCGCCGUCUUCCUGUUUGAGUUCAUCAGUCCCCUGGGCUUCAACAGAAACCUCGCGCAGGGCAAAGACCCUCAUGGUCCUUCUUUCACCAUCGGCAAAGCCAUCUGGCUCCUGUGGGGUCUCGUAUUCAAUAACUCUGUACCAGUACAGAACCCUAGAGGCACGACCAGUAAGUUCAUUGUGUCCGUGUGGGCCUUCUUUGCCGUGAUCUUCCUGGCCAGUUACACUGCGAACCUGGCUGCCUUCAUGAUCCAGGAGGAGUUUGUGGACCAGGUCACUGGGCUCAGUGACAGAAAAUUCCAGAGCCCAUAUUCCUUCUCACCGCCAUUUCGGUUCGGUACAGUCCCAAAUGGCAGCACUGAGAGGAACAUCAGGAAGAACUACCCAGACAUGCACCAGUACAUGGUCAAAUACCACCAGUCUGGCGUCCAGGAUGCAUUGAUCAGCCUCAAAACGGGCAAGCUGGAUGCAUUCAUCUACGACGCAGCUGUAUUGAACUACAUGGCAGGGCGAGAUGACGGCUGUAAACUGGUGACCAUCGGCAGCGGCUAUGUCUUCGCCACCACUGGUUACGGUAUCGCCCUCCAGAAAGGAUCCUACUGGAAGCGGUUUGUGGACCUUGCCAUUCUAGGGAUCAUUGGAGAUGGUGAGAUGGAAGAGCUGGAGGCUCAGUGGCUCACGGGUAUCUGCCAUAAUGAGAAAAAUGAAGUGAUGAGCAGUCAGCUGGAUGUGGACAACAUGGCUGGUGUGUUCUACAUGCUGGCAGCUGCCAUGGCACUCUCUCUCUUCACCUUCUGCUGGGAGCACCUGUUCUACUGGCGACUGCGCUACUGCUUCACUGGACUGUGCUCGGGACGACCUGGACUUCUCUUUACCAUAAGCAGAGGUAUCUGGAGUUGUAUUCAUGGCGUUCACAUUGAGAUGAAGAAGCUUCCUGAGUUGGAUUUCAGUCCUCAGGCCAACAUGUUGCACCUGCUGAAAUCGGCCAAAGAGAUUACCACUCUGGGGGUAACAUCACCGAAACAGCCCAUCUCCAGCAUCCUCCCUCCAACAUCUGGACUGCUAGAAUUUAUGACUGGUGGCAAAGGCAAUAACCUUGCUCCAAAAGACGCAAUCUACAACAAUACCAACACCAUGCUUUCAAAUCGCCACAAAGAGCCUCUAAACAACACCCUUUUGCCUGGUCAGUGUGCCCUUAGCCUAGCUGAUGCCCAGCCUGGUGUGCCAGGUAGUGGAGGCACGGGAGGUGGUGGUAGUGGUGGUGGUGAUUCAGGAGUACCAGCUUCCAAGUCCCGUGCUCUCUGGAAGAAGUCAGUCGAAACUCUGCGACAGAACCAAGGACCUACCAAAAAUUCUCCACCUUCCUCUGCAUCAGUCUUUGAGUCACAUGCAACUAUGAAAAGCCAGAGGUAUUUGCCUGAAGACCUGCCUGCACGCUCAGAUGUGUCUGACUGCUCUGGCCGCAUGGACCUACAGAAGCAGCACAAGGUCAAAGACACACUCCGGAAGCGUAACCGCCUGCCACGGGACCUAAGUGACGUGGAACUCUCUGCUUUGCCCAGUCAAGCCAGAGAACAGAGCAAUCACAAUGCUCAGAUCUAUUCCCAGAAUAGUCAGAGCAGCCAGAUCUACACCAUUGACUCUGUAGAUCAGGAGCAUGGACUACACUACCCAGACAUAUUCAAUGAGCACAGAGACAACAAGCAUCGCCCUUCAUCUUCUUCAGAGCAACAGCCAAUACUUCAGCUUAACAGCAACCUGUUUCCUCAGGCUCAUGAGCCAGACGUCAUGCAGAAUGCCACAACUGCUGCCAAGGAGAAGAAGUACAAUACUUACGGAAAACCUGGCGGGGUAGGACUGGGUCCAGCAGUGACCACUCCUGCCCAGGACCACAGACAAACCCACUGCCGUAGUUGUCUGUCAAAGUUCUCCAGCUAUUCUGGGCUUUAUACCAUGCGACCUCCUCAAUAUCGCUGUGAUGCCUGUCUGCACUCUGCCAACCUGUAUGACAUCAGUGAGGAUCAGUUCCUGCACCCUAACGUAGGUGCCAUUCGAGGCGGGAGUGUAGACAGGAGCUUCUGUGCAUUUCUACCACAUCCCAAUGCUUCCUUCAUGGCCUACCUUCCCCAGAGUGACCAAGAAGGUGAAGGGCUCAUUAGCCACUAUCAGAACGAGGGUAUUUACAUCCAUCGACAGCACUCUUAUGAGAACCUGCCUCAAAAGAAUUCUUCACGACGUGUGAGCCUUCAGGACAGCACUCCUCACACUAACCUGCACACAUCCACCAUGGUCCCGGAUAAGCUUCCAAAGAGCCAGUCAGCACAGCUCAAUCACACGCUUGCUUCAGUAGGUGUUAGCGGGCUUGGCAUUGGUCGGCGCAGCAAAUCGAUGUACCCAGGCCAUCCGACGGAGAACCCUUUCCUGCAGACGCUCCGCGAUGACCAGCGCCUGGCUCACGGUCGCAGCGCCACGGACAUUUACAAACAGCUGGUACCACUUACAUUAAGUCCAGUUGUCGACAGCAAGGGGCUCGGCAUAGGGGUGGCAACACCUGACCUCUUUUACCCCGAGCAUGUGAUGCCUUAUGUAGCCCUUUCCCCAGUUGGCACAUUCCCUGCCCCAAGAGCAAUGAGUGCUGGUGGUACACGACGCGUCUACAAGAGAAUGCCCAGUAUCGAAUCCGAUGUCUGAAGGGUUGGAAAAAGACUACGAACCAAUGAGAUAGUGACUCUGAAAAA